UGAGUGCCCAGUGGCAUGAUUGGCGGUGAAAAUGUGUCUGCUCUGACAUGGGCUAACACAGGGCUAGCAAAUAUGCAUGUCAUCAGUCAUUUCGAAUAUGUGAUGAGAAUGGGGAAGUUAUGGGUGUCCAUUUGUGAACAAGAAAAAAAAGGCAGUUUUGAGGAUAUUUUUGGUAUAUUGUUUGGAGAGAAUCGAAAUCUUUACUUCACUAACAUGAAGUCCCCGAAUUUCAACCUCGAGUCUGAAGAUGAAUCUGAAGUCAGUAGCCAAGUGGCUUCCAAUGUCUCUACCCAAGAAAUUCCUCCUGCUCAUUCCAAGGAAACCAAUGCCACUUUGUCCAGCCUUACAGAUCCCGUCAGCCUACAGAACGACUCAAUGCCCGUUACUCUUGACCUGACACUUGGUUUCAACAGCAGUGAUGCUGAGUUGAACUGUACAAGCCAAACUAGUGGUGGUGAAGUAACGCCUCAUCCUCCGGCUGUAUCCAGAGUCUUCUCAUGUAACUACUGUCGGCGAAAAUUUUACAGCUCGCAGGCGCUGGGAGGACAUCAGAAUGCGCACAAGAGAGAGAGAACGCUUGCAAAACGGGCUAUGCGGAUGGGCAUGCUAUCCGAUCGAUAUGCCAGUUUGGCAUCUCUACCUCUUCAUGGAUCGGCAUUUCGAUCUCUAGGAAUCGAAUCACAUGGUUCCAUGCAUCAACAAGUUGUACAACAAGAGAGGCCUUUACAUGGAGUAAGAGGUGGAGCAAGGUUUAAUCACGGUUAUUACGGGUUGCCACUAUAUAUGGAGGAUGAUGAAGUAGAAAUGUAUUGGCCUGGAAGCUUUCGACAAAUUGAGGGACAUAAUGGCAAUAAUCUGGGGAUUCAUUCAGGACAAAAUUCCAACAUAAAUAUUGUAGCAAUGGUUCCACCUCCUCCUAGGACAGAUUCCUCCUUGCCUGAUCUAAAUUUAAAAUUAUAAAUUUAUAACAAGAUUUCUUAUUCUAGUUUCUGUGUCAUUUUCUUUAAACUUGUGACUUCAAUUAUAUGUCAAAUUGUACAGGGAGAUUGAGUAUUAGAGAUGAACGUCGGAUCCUGAUUUUCCCUCUACUUUUGACAUUUUUUCCAAGUUUAUAUCCCCCAGUUCAUGUAUGACUUGAUGAUGCAAUGGAUAUUAGAUUUGCAGUUUGGAAUAAAAUUGAUUCUGAUUA